UGCCAAAAGGAGGAGGCGCAGCUGAAGGGCAGGAAGGUUGUGGUUGUUGAUACGCCUGGAUUUCACCAUUCCCAUUGUCCAGACAAAGAUAUUGCUGCAGAAGUGAGCAAGUGUGUGAAGUUUUGCUCCCCGGGUCCCCACGUCAUUCUGCACGUGAUGGAUCCUUUCCGUUCCUCCCAGGAGGAGAUGAAGAUGGCUCAGUGGAUCGAAGAGAUUUUUGGCCUGAAAGCCAAGGAUUACACGAUCAUCUUGUUCACCCACAAAAAUUUCCUGAAAGAUGAAUCUCUAGAAGAUUUAAUAUCUUCCAGAGAUAAAAAACUGAGGGAAUAUAUUGCUGAAUGCGGGAACCGGUGCCUGGUUUUCAACAACGAGGCCAAAGAAUCGGAACGAGAGGCUCAGGUGGCCAAACUGAUGGCCAUGAUUGAUGCUCUGGUGGAAAUGAACAGAAAUGCUCCUUGUUGCACAGAAGACAUGAUGAACGUCAACAAAAGAUACAACCUCUGAUUGUUUCCCUUUCCAUCAGAGACCAGAAAGUCUCUCUAAUUCAG